AGUCCCCAUUGCGGCAGUAGCACAACUUCCUCUAGAGUUCUUUCUCUCUCUCCCCUCUCCGUCUGUUAGCGACGUGUUUGUUUUGUGUGUGUUAGUUAUUAAAUUAUAAACGGAAUGUUAUCAUGAAGUAGGCUUUUUUCGCUGCUGUCGGCGGUUUGAAGUGACUCGCCGGAGGGGAAAGUGCUCCAUAGUCGACUAAGAAGAAACAAUAAUGCCUCUCAGGGUCGGCGGGAGAAACGUGAGCUUCUUUCUUCCGCUCGUCUUGUUUUUUUUGGUUGGAGUCGCUGCCAUUCCGGAGGAGCAAAAUCCUGUCCAAGAACAGGCCCCGAUAGUGAAGGCCUCCAGUUCCCAACAUUUGGUCCCGGUGGUGAAAGACGAUGACUCCGGCAAAGCAAAACUGGGCUUCAUCCACGCCUUCGUGGCCUCCAUCUCCGUCAUCAUCGUGUCAGAGUUGGGAGAUAAGACUUUCUUCAUCGCCGCCAUCAUGGCCAUGCGCUACAACCGGCUCACCGUGCUGGCAGGCGCCAUGCUGGCCCUGGGACUCAUGACCUGCCUGUCUGUGUUGUUUGGCUACGCCACCACCAUCAUCCCCAGGAUCUACACCUACUACGUGUCCACCGCCCUGUUCGCCAUCUUCGGCGUACGCAUGCUGAGGGAGGGGCUCCGCAUGAGUCCUGACGAGGGCCAAGAGGAGCUGGAGGAAGUGCAGGCGGAGAUCAAGAAGAAAGACGAAGAGCUGCAGCGCACCAAGCUCAUCAACGGGACUCAAGACGUGGAGGCGGGGGCCGCCGCCUCGCCACCGCCGUCCAGGUGGCACAGCGUCAUCUCGCCCAUCUUCAUCCAGGCGCUCACCCUCACCUUCCUGGCGGAGUGGGGGGACCGCUCGCAGCUGACCACCAUCAUCCUGGCUGCCCGAGAGGAUCCGUUUGGUGUGGCUGUCGGAGGCACGCUGGGUCACUGCUUGUGCACCGGCCUGGCUGUGGUGGGAGGGAGGAUGAUCGCACAGAAGAUAUCCGUCAGGACAGUCACAAUCAUCGGAGGGAUCGUGUUCUUGGCCUUCGCCUUCUCCGCCCUCUUCAUCAAACCAGAGGGAGGACUGUGAGAGCCAGCGUCCUGAAAAGACUCUUUACCGUGUACAUAAUUGUCCAUAGUUUGCAUUCGUCACUGUCGAGAGAUUAUCAACUGCUGUGGACUACAGUGUGGAGACUGCGGCCUCUUGGAGCUCAAAGCAUUCUGGGAAAUGUAGUGUUGAGAUACAACCACAAAGGUACUUUGUUUGUUUUGUUACUGAGUGCUUUUUCCACAUGUUAGACAGUCCUUGUUUUCUUCAUUUUAAACAUGCUUGUCUUUUUUGGUGAUCUAUUAAUUAAUUCAUCAAAGUCAAAUUAUAAAUACUGUCUGUUAUUUUAUGCUUUUUUUUUGUGGAAACAACAAUAAGUUGAUAUUUCUGCAUUGUUUUGCUAACAUACUAUAGUGUACAUAAAGCUCACCUCACUCCAGUUUUAAUUUAAAAAAUGAUCUAUUUAUUUAGUGUCAUUGAAGUUUGGAAAGUGAAGGGUGAAAGAUCAUAAGGAAAUAUUUUUCUAAAAGGUUGGACAAGGUGCACUCAGUUAAUUAAAAAAAACAUAAAUCCUGCAAUAAAAAAAUCAUUGACCUUUAAGUGGAAAUGCUUAAUAAAAUGUUUUCCUGUC